AUCUCUUUUCAUACUGUAGAGGUGGCUUGCUGCAGUCACGCCUCCCAUUGCCAGCCAGGUUCCGGAAUCCUAAUCAGUCACUAUGAAAACUCAUUAGCUCCACAGCAAUGAGUCCUCCACUGCUGAAGCUUGGUGCUCUGCUCAGUACCAUGGCAAUGAUCUCAAACUGGAUGUCCCAAACUCUACCGUCUUUGGUAGGACUGAACACCACGAGCCUGUCGACGCCAGAUAUUUUAACUCAGAUUAGCCCUAAGGAAGGGUGGCAAGUAUACAGCUCCGCACAGGAUCCUGAUGGGCGAUGUAUCUGCACUGUGGUGGCCCCAGAACAAAACCUGUGUUCCCGGGAUGCCAAAAGCAGGCAACUUCGCCAACUGCUGGAAAAGGUUCAGAACAUGUCCCAGUCUAUUGAAGUCUUAAACUUGAGGACGCAGAGAGAUUUCCAAUAUGUUUUAAAAAUGGAAACCCAAAUGAAAGGGCUGAAGGCCAAGUUUCGGCAGAUUGAAGAUGAUCGGAAGACACUAAUGACCAAACAUUUUCAAGAAUUGAAAGAGAAGAUGGACGAACUCCUGCCCUUGAUCCCUGUGCUAGAACAGUACAAAACAGAUGCCAAGCUGAUCACCCAGUUCAAGGACGAAAUCCGGAAUCUUUCUGCGGUCCUCACUGGGAUCCAGGAAGAGAUUGGGGCUUAUGACUACGAGGAACUGCACCAAAGGGUGCUCAGCUUGGAAACCAGACUGCGGGACUGCAUGAAAAAGCUAACAUGUGGCAAAUUGAUGAAAAUCACAGGCCCCAUUACAGUCAAGACCUCUGGAACUCGAUUUGGUGCUUGGAUGACGGAUCCUUUAGCAUCUGAAAAAAAUAACAGAGUCUGGUACAUGGAUAGCUACACUAACAAUAAAAUCGUCCGUGAGUACAAGUCAAUGGCAGACUUCGUCAGUGGAGCGGAAUCCAGGACUUACAAUCUCCCUUUCAAGUGGGCAGGAACUAACCACGUUGUGUACAACGGCUCGCUCUAUUUUAACAAAUACCAGAGUAACAUCGUCAUUAAAUACAACUUUGACUUGGGGAGGGUGCUGGCCCAACGGAGCUUGGAGUAUGCCGGUUUCCACAACGUUUACCCCUACACGUGGGGUGGGUUCUCAGACAUUGACCUAAUGGCUGAUGAAAUUGGGCUCUGGGCCGUCUACGCAACUAACCAGAAUGCAGGCAAUAUUGUCAUCAGCCAACUUAACCAAGAUACCCUAGAGGUGAUGAAGAGCUGGAGCACCGGCUAUCCCAAGAGAAGCGCGGGGGAAUCGUUCAUGAUCUGUGGCACACUCUAUGUCACCAACUCCCACCUGACCGGAGCUAAGGUGUAUUACUCCUACUCCACCAAAACCUCCACGUAUGAGUACACAGACAUCCCUUUCCACAACCAGUACUUUCACAUAUCUAUGCUUGACUACAAUGCCAGAGAUCGAGCUCUUUACGCCUGGAACAAUGGUCACCAAGUCCUCUUCAAUGUCACUCUUUUCCACAUCAUUAAGACUGAGGAUGACACAUAAGCACACGUGAUUGGGUUGCAACUCUCCAAAUGGCAUCAUUUGUGACCAACUCUUAUAAGACCCUCUCUGUUUACUUUUUAUCAUCAUUUCUCCAACAGGAUGCAUUUAUUUUUCUGUUGUAAAAUCGGUGUUGAAAAAAAAAUAAGUAAAAACAGCCUAGUCUGUCUAAGUUAAUGUAUGGCAGACACAUCUCAAUGGCUAAAUUUACAAGGCCUAUCAUGUCCUUGUCAUGAAAAGCACUAAAAUAAAAGAGUUUAAGAGGCUAAAGUCGUAAUUGUGCAAAUGAUUAAUGUUCUGCCUUAUAUUGCAGUCAGAGACUAAUGGUUGCUUAAAUGCAUGAAUGUCUUCUUUUUUUUUUUAAUCUGUCAUUUUUAAUGUCUUUUUUGCUCCACAUCAGGAAAUGUUUUAGUAGGAAUUAGGGUUAGGAAAAAGCACUUCCCCAUUUAUUUCUAGGAAAAGACUUACAUGGAAAAUAAUAGUAGAUCAUUUUGCUGUUAACAUAGUUCUCUGAUGUGGUGCUGUAAUAGUCAUUUUUAAAUCUCGUGCUAACAUUUUAUUGACAAUAGGUAUUUCUACCAUGGUAAGCAUCAUUGUACAAAGGUGUAUUUCCUUCACUUCUGUGAAAGUAUUUUUUUUAUAAAUAACACUGAAAUUU